CUCCAGUUGAUUAAAAAAUAAAAUUAAAAUGGCUUCUAAAUUAACAAUGCCAGAGGCAAAUAACAUUGAUCAUUAGAUAUAACAUUUAUAUUAAUGCAAACCUCUUCCUGAAUAGGAUGUGAAAUUAUUAUGUGAAAAGGUUUUUAAUAAAUUAAUUUGAUUUAAUAGGCAAAAGAAAUUUUAAUAUAAGAAUCAAAUGUAUAACCAGUUCGAGCUCCAGUGAUAAUAUGUGGUGAUAUACAUGGUCAAUUUCAUGAUUUAAUGGAAUUAUUUAAAAUAGGUGGAAAGGCACCAGUAAAAUAAAUUGAUAUGAAUUAAGGAUACAAAUUAUCUAUUCAUGGGUGAUUAUGUAGAUAGAGGACAUCAUUCAGUAGAGUGUAUAACCCUUUUAGUGUUAUUGAAAGUAAAGGAUUGAAUAAUAUAAGAUUCGACAUCGAGAUAGAAUAACAAUAUUAAGAGGGAAUCAUGAAUCAAGAUCAAUAACAUAAGUUUAUGGUUUUUAUGAUGAAUGUUCAAGAAAAUAUGGAAAUAGUAAUGUAUGGAAAUGUUUCACAGAAUUAUUUGAUUACCUACCUUUGACAGCAGUAGUUGAAUCUUAAGUAUUAAUUUUAAAUAUAAAUUAAGUUUUUUUGUUUACAUGGUGGUAUAUCGCCAUCUAUUGAUACUCUGGAUCAUAUCCGAUAGUUAGAUAGAGUAUAAGAAACACCCCAUGAAGGACCUAUGUGUGAUUUGUUAUGGAGUGAUCCUGAUGAUAGAUCUGGUUGGGGAAUAUCUCAAAGAGGUGCUGGAUACACUUUUGGAUAAGAUAUUUCUGAAUAAUUCAAUCAUAAUAAUAAAUUAAAAAUGAUUGCUAGAGCACAUCAAUUAGUUAUGGAUGUAGAUGAUUAUAUAUCUAUAUAGGGUUAUUCACUUGCACAUGAUAGAAAUGUUGUAACAAUAUUCUCUGCUCCAAAUUACUGUUACAGAUGUGGUAAUUAAGCAGGAAUAAUGGAAGUUGAUGAAAAUCUAAGAUAAACAUUGUAUAUUAUUCUUAAUAAUAACCUAUAUAGUAUACAAUUUGAUCCUGCUCCAAGAUCAGAAAAUGAGUCAGUUCCAAAAAGAGUACCAGAUUAUUUUUUAUGAAUAUUAUUAAUAAUUUAAUAAAUA